GCCGUCAGGAAAAGGGACGUUAUUUCCUCUUUGAGGAUGAAAACUGAUUCAAAAUCAUAAAACAGCUCUUCAAAUCAAUUCUGUGCUUGGUUGUGACGGGAAACACAAGGUUUUAAAAAUAAAUGAAACGGUAAACAAUAAAGCACAUGAGAAAUGAGGGUGUCGUCGUAAACUCAGGAUCUGUUACUGUUUCGUGUUUUACAGCAGUCCACGCUGUUUAAAUCAAUAAAGAGUGUGUGUAUGUGUGGGGGGUCCGUCACUAUAAGAUAAAGGAGUGGGCGGGUCUUUACCGAAGCCCCGCCCCUCCCGCGAAGACCCACCCACUCCUUUAUCUUCUAGUGACGGACUGAUGACGUCAGAUGAUUGGAGUUAGGACAGAGCUUUCACAGGCAGGUGAUUGGUCACAUCCUGAUGACACAAACACAAAAUAAGAGUCUUAUUAAAGCUUUAGAUUUUCCAUCAAUAAAGAUUAUUUAUUAAUAAAGAUUUGACGGUGAUCCGGUUCUAAUGUGUUUCUCUUACUACAACAUUCCUGUAAUAAAGCCAUGUUUUCCUGUAGAUAUGUGUGUGAAUAUUAAACCUCGAGAUCAUAUGAUAUCAGCAAUCACACCUCAGUGUUUUUAGUAUUUUGAUAUCAGUGAAUAAAUAAAAUAUACUAUAUACCUUGAAAUCAUUGUAAAAGAAAAGUAAAAUCUAGGUAAAUUACUCUUUAAUGAGCAGAUUUAAUCUUGCAUAAGAUACUAGUCCAUGUGCUCAGAUUAUUUUUAUUAAUGAAACAAUAAGUAAAAACAAGAUGUGUUUAUAUAAUACUGAUUAAGCGUCCAUGAGGAUCGUUUCUAUGUUCUGAGUCACGUGACUCGUGAGGUCAGAAAAACGUCUAGAGAACGUUGUAAUAACGUUAAGGGAACGUAAGGUUAAAAAUAACACUUCAGGCUCGUCCGUCCCUACAGCCUACAGGUGCUAUCAUUUAUAAAACAAGUGCGUUUUAAAUCCAAUUAUUUGAGAAAGAGAGCCGAGAGAGACGUGGGUGGGCGGGGUUUAGCGCGGACACGCCCCCUCGCCUGAGAACAGAGAGGACGCUUAUUUUGAUUUUUGAUGCUUUAUUUAUUUACUUCUAUUAGCGUUCAGAUGUGUCUGUGCAUCUUUCUGUGGUGGAGCACACAUUUAAUAUCGACUUUACGCGGACUUUAACAUUAGUUUAACGCGCUGUGAGCUAACAGGAACCUUACCGAAUUAAUAAUCACUUUAAUGAUAUUUGUUCACGUUAAAUAUACAAAUUAUACACAAUAGGUGUAAUGCAGCAUCAUUUGCAAUUUACAUUACGAAAAUGGUAUCACAUGAAAAGCGUAAUAACCAAGUUUUGAUUAAUAUUUACAUAACCAGAGUUUUGCCGCCAAUCCCGUUUACGUUCACCGCUGUAACUAGUAGCGUCGUGUUUUAGUUUCAGAAGACACGACUUCACAAACGACUUGACAAACGAUGGAAAUAGCGAAAACCAAUCAGAAUCCAGCUCGCGCUUUCAAGGCGGCGGGCGACGGAACCGCAGCGCGCGCUUACAAUAAACGGAACGGUUCGCGUGAACGCGUCAAAGCGUCGAACAGAAACCAAGCAAAGAAACGAGCGCGACAGCCGCGAUGCAAAGCGUGGCGUUCCCGCGGCGUUCCCGCGCGCGUCUGAUAUUCCAGAUGAGCGUGACGCACGAGCUCCUAAUUAAGCUAAUGGACCGAUCUGAGAUCUGAUACACUCCCGCGCUCCGUCAGAUCACUUACACGACGCGUCGACGCGCGAGCCGCAGGUGAGGCAUCUGAUGCGCCGAGGAAGAUGACGCGGGCUCGCUGCGCGUGAGGAAGAGGAUGCUCGCGCUCCGCGGAUGAAGAUGCUGCUCGUGGUGUCUGGAGCGGUUCUGGCGCUGGCCGUCGUCUGUAUGUCCGACAUGAACGCGCUGCUGGACCGAUUUCACAACUUCAUCCUACCGCGCAUGCGCGGGCCGGAGCGCGUGUGCCACUGCACCUGCGGCAGGCACGCUGUGGAGUACGUGAUCCCGUACGAGGGCCCCGUGGGCUCCGUGGGCGCCUCGGGGGCCGGCAGCGUGAGCAAGCAGGAGCUGGACCUGGUUCUGGGGCUCCUGAUGGGCUUCUGCAUCAGCUGGGUUCUGCUGUGGCUGGACGCGGCGCUGGGCUCCUGGAGGUCCGGCAGACACCACGGCUCCGGCGGGUGUGUGUGGCGCUCGUGGCGCUGGGUGUCUCGUGUGUGUAGCCUGCGGGAGCUGCGCAGACGCCUGCAGACGCGCCGCUGGCCCGAGGACGCCUCCAGCAAACACCGGCUCUGCCACAACGGACGCCUCUGACCCGCUUCCCCUUCCUUUAACACCAAACACUGGAGUCCAUCCACUGACCGCAAAACAGCCGCAUUUAAUAUUCUGCUUUGAAAUGAAUCUUAUGGUAAAUACUACAGUGUUUCUGAACCGUACUAUAGUCCAGUACUUGAAGUCAUUCGUUGUGGUAACUCUGUAGUAAACUGCACUCAAUUCAUUUCUACACUACGGUUUACUGUAGUAAAAAAUAAAGUACACUAGAGUAUUCCCCGGCGCUCACUUUAGUAAAUACUGAAGCAUUUCUGUGGUAAAUGUACUAUAAUAUGGUUCAAAAACACUAUUAUUGGUUACACUAGUAUUCUUCAUGUUACGUUUUAAAUGGAGAUAUUUGACUUAUUACACGUAUAUUAGAUAUAAAUGUUAUAUAUAUAUAUAAUGUUUACACAUUUUACAGCUUUCUUAUUUUUUAAAUUUUGAAACAGUUUGUAGAUGUUGAACUUCUGUCUUCGAGAUAUAUAUAUAUAUAUAUCUACACAUGAAAGUGUUUGACUUCUCCUGAAUUCGUGUAUUUGAAAUCUAGCUUGAAAUGUAGUUUAAAUAAAAUUCUUACGAUGAUAUGUCAUAAGUGGGAAAAAAAACGACAAUAAAAAACAUUUAGUUUGAAA